AUGCAGACCCAGCAUCAGGUUCUGGUCCGGACUCGGAGGUCUAGCCAGGUUCUGUCAGGUCUCAGGGUUCUGAUCUGGACUCAUGAAGGGAUCCGAACCGGAGACCUUCAGCUGGUUUGGUGCAGCAGAGCUCUGAGUGUACAGAGACCUCCACAGGGCCCCUCAGGGCUCAGUGAUGGGGCCCCUCAGGGCUCAGUGAUGGGGCCCAUCAGGGUUCAGUGCUGGGGCCCCUCAGGGUUCAGUGAUGGGGCCCCUCAGGGCUCAGUGAUGGGGUCCCUCAGGGCUCACUGCCAGCAGAACUGCAGCAGGAAACGGAUAUCAGACAGGAGGCAGAACCGUGCGGGCGGCCAUGUUGGAUCUGGUGGUCAGGGUUCUGGUGUCGACCCGUCUUCACCCGUCGCCUCACUGCAGCUCACUGCCAACCUAACUCCUCCUCUUCCUCAUCUUCAUCUGAGCUUCGGACCAGAACCAGAACCAGAACCAGGUUCCGGUACCAGGUGGAAAAUGUCCGGCCGUCCGGACCUGCUGCUGCUGCUGCUGGCCCACCUGUGGCUGCUGGCUCCGCCCACAGGCCAGGCGGCCGCCCUGUGCCGGGUCUCCGGCGGCGUCCUGGGGAUCCACUGGAGCAGCACCCUGAGCCUGGGCUGGUUCCCGCUGGCGUCCGGCCAGGGCGGCGCCACCUGCUGGGAGACGUGCUGCCUGCGGCCGGGCUGCGGCGCCGUGUGGAGCCUCGGCGGGCGCUGCGUGCUGCUGGGCUGCUCCCGGACGGACGGCUGCGGCAUCUCCGUCCUGCCGCAGCCGCACCGAGAGUCGCUGGGGCUGCUGCAGCUGCUGGCCAAGGGUCCGGUCAGGAUGAAGCGCAGGAAUCCCCGACAUGCCGGAAGACGCAGCCGCAUCGCCAUGGAGACGCCGCGCGCCGAUCCCACAGCUCCCAGCAGCUCCAGUCUGCUGCCGACCGCCCAGCAGAACCUCAGCCUGCCGGCCAAUGGCAGCUCAGACGGCGUUCCGGUCCUGCCGCCGCAGAACGCCACCGCGUCCUCCAACGACACGGCUGUGGCUCCGCCCCCAGCAGUCAGGGAGUUGGUGGUUUCGGCCGGAGAGAGCGUGGAGGUGACGCUGCCGCGGAACGAGGUGGAGCUCAACGCCUACGUGGUCCCGACUCCCCCACCAGGAAGCAGCUACGCCUUCGACUGGCAGCUGAAGACGCAUCCCAUAGAUUACAGCGCACAGGUGGAGGGCAACAAGGGACAAACACUGAAGCUCAGCGAGCUAACAGUGGGCCUGUACGUGUUCGAGGUGACGGUGACGGACGGAGACGGCGCUUAUGGGCGGGGCUACGUCAACGUCACCGUCAGACCAGAGCCGCGCGUAAACAAACCCCCGGUUGCCACGGUUUCCCCCAAGUACCAGGAGAUCUCCCUGCCGACCAGCUCCACGGUGAUCGACGGCAGCCAGAGCACCGACGACGACAAGGUCGUGACCUGGCACUGGGAGGAGGUCAAAGGUCCCCUGAGGGAGGAGAAGGUCUCCGCCGACACGCCCAUCCUCACCCUCACCAACCUGGUUCCUGGGAACUACACGUUCAGUCUGACCGUCACGGACUCGGACGGCGCCACGGACUCGACCCAGGCUACCCUGUCUGUUAUCAAGGCCAAGGACUACAAGCCUGUAGCCAACGCCGGCCCAAACCAGGCCAUCCAGCUGCCGAGGAACUCCAUCACGCUAUACGGCAACCAGAGCACAGACGACCACGACAACCUGAGCUACGAAUGGUCGCUGACCCCGGAGAGCAAGGACAAGGUGGUGGAGAUGCAGGGCGUCCGGACGCCAAUCCUGCAGCUGUCGGCCAUGCAGGAGGGAGACUACACCUUCCAGCUGACGGUGACGGACUCGGCUGGACAGCAGGACACGUCCAAGGUCAUCGUCAUCGUGCAACCGGAGAACAACCAGCCUCCGGUGGCGGACGCCGGGCCGGAGAAGGAGCUGACGCUGCCGGUGGAUGAAACCACGCUGGACGGCAGAAAGAGCAGCGACGACCAGAAGAUCGCCUCGUACCACUGGACCAAGACCAGCGGUCCGGACGGCGUGAAGAUCAACGACGCAGACAAAGCUGUUGCCACGGUAACGGGUCUGGAGGUCGGGGAGUACCAUUUCACGCUGACGGUGGCGGACGACAGGAAGCUGGAGAGCAGCGAUACGGUGAAGGUCAUCGUCAGAGAAGAAAAGGACCGGCCUCCUGUGGCCCGGGUUCUGUCCAGCCCGCCAGUCUCCCUGCCCGUCAGAAUCGCCGCCCUGGACGGGUCUCGCUCCUCGGAUGAUAAAGGCGGCCUGAGCUUCCUGUGGAGCCGAGACGACAGCAGCCCGGCGGCGGGGGACGUCCUGAACAACUCCGACCACCAGGCGGUGCUGUUCCUGGGGAACCUGGUGGAGGGGAAGUACAGCUUCACGCUGCAGGUGACCGACAGCAAAGGACAGAGCAGCUCGGACCGGGGAACCGUGGAGGUCCGACCCGACCCGUGGCAGUGGGACCUGGUGGAGCUGGUCCUGGAGGUCUCCGUAUCCCAGGUGUCCCAGCGGCAGCGGGACCUGCUGCUGCGUCAGGUCGGCGUCCUGCUCGGCGUCCUGGACGGUGACAUCAUCGUCAGGGAGAUCGGCGCCUUCGGCGAGCACAGCACCCGGCUGGUGUUCCUGGUGUCGGGCGGUCCGGGGCGCCCCCCGCUGUCCGGGCGCAGCGUCACGCUCAGCCUGCGCAGCAAACUGCGCAAACAGAAGAACGACUUCCUGAUCUUCAAGGCUCAGCGCGUAGACACGGUCGUGUGCCAGCUGAACUGCUCCGGACACGGAGAGUGCGACUCGUUCACCAGGAAGUGCGUCUGCCGGCCGUUCUGGAUGGAGAACUUCCUGAGAGCCCAGCUGGGAGACGCAGAGACGCGCCUGAAGCCGGCCCCUGGCCCCGCCUCCUCGGCCCUCAUGCACUCGGACUCGGACCUGGACAGCGACGAGGGCCAGGAGCGCGGCCACCUGCUGCGGCCCCAGAACGGCUCCCUGAACAACGGCCAGGGGCCCCCCAGGGCCAAGAAGCCCCGCGAGGAGCUGCUAUAG